GCGGAGGCGCCCGGUCCCGGCCGCGCGAAGGGGACAUGUGCAGGCUGGGCUAGGAGCCGCCGCCUCCCCCCCCGCCCAGCGAUGUAUUCAGCGCCCUCCGCCUGCACUUGCCUGUGUUUACACUUCCUGCUGCUGUGCUUCCAGGUACAGGUGCUGGUGGCCGAGGAGAACGUGGACUUCCGCAUCCACGUGGAGAACCAGACGCGGGCUCGGGACGAUGUGAGCCGUAAGCAGCUGCGGCUGUACCAGCUCUACAGCCGGACCAGCGGGAAGCACAUUCAGGUCCUGGGCCGUAGGAUCAGCGCCCGCGGCGAGGACGGGGACAAGUAUGCCCAGCUCCUAGUGGAGACAGAUACCUUCGGUAGUCAAGUCCGGAUCAAGGGCAAGGAGACGGAAUUCUACCUGUGUAUGAACCGGAAAGGCAAGCUUGUGGGGAAGCCCGAUGGCACCAGCAAAGAGUGUGUGUUCAUCGAGAAGGUCCUGGAGAACAAUUACACAGCCCUGAUGUCGGCCAAGUACUCUGGCUGGUACGUGGGCUUCACCAAGAAGGGGCGGCCACGGAAGGGCCCCAAGACCCGGGAGAACCAGCAGGACGUCCACUUCAUGAAGCGCUACCCCAAGGGACAGGCAGAGCUGCAGAAGCCCUUCAAGUACACCACAGUGACCAAGCGGUCCCGGCGGAUCCGCCCCACACACCCCGGCUAGGCUGGCCCCACUGUGGCCCCGCCAGGCUUCCCCAGCCCACACUCACACUCACAGAGAACUGCAAUCAGAGGAAUAUUUUUACAUGAAAAAUAAGGAAGAAUUUCUAUUUUUGUAUAUUGUGUUUAAAAGAAGACAAAAAACUGAACCAAAAUUCUUGGGGGAGGGGAGCGAUAAGGAUUUUAUUGUUGACUUGAAACUCCCUAUGACAAAAGACUCACACCAAGGGACUGUUGUCAACACACAGGUGCUUGUGUCUCUCUAGGAACAGACAACUCUAAACUUGUCCCCAGAGGAGGACUUGAAUGAGGAA